GCCUGUUGUGUGGAUUGGAAACCAAAGUAAAGUAAACGGGGGAGGGUCGGCUACGGGGGGGCUUUCAGCGAGUUACAAUGCGUCUUUCACGGUGUUGAACAGUCUCGGUGAACGAUGAGCCAACUUUGCCGGUCGUCUCGAAGCGGAAUGAGCCACUCCUGAGCCCCGAAAUUGAGUCCUUGUUGGCGGGGGAGAGCGAGAAUGAAGAAGCCGAGCGCCGUGCUCCCUGUUGUCGGCUUGACUGGGAAAUGGUAGCGUACUGCAGGGACCGCACUGGGAAGGAACAUGGUCGAGAGGAGCAGCAAAUUCUUGUUGAUCGUCGUCGGAUCCGUGUGUUUCAUGCUGAUUCUCUAUCAGUACGUGGCUCCCGGGGUGAUCAAUUUCGGCUCCCCGCACGGUUAUUUCACGGAGGAAGACGAGGGGGACAUCUUCCCCACUCCGGACCCCCACUACGUGAAGAAAUACUACUUCCCCGUCAGGGACCUGGAGAGGACGAUUGAUUUCCAAAUCAAAGGAGAGGACGUGAUUGUGUUUUUGCACAUCCAGAAGACCGGGGGGACUACCUUCGGCAGACACCUGGUCCAGAAUGUCCGUCUGGAGGUCCCGUGCGACUGCAGACCGGGCCAGAAGAAGUGUACCUGCUACCGACCGAACCGCAAGGAGACCUGGCUCUUCUCCCGGUUCUCCACCGGCUGGAGCUGCGGCUUGCACGCCGACUGGACCGAGCUUACCAACUGUGUGCCGGGGGUCCUCAACAAGAAGGAGAACAAGCAGAAAAACCUGAGCCAGCACAUUCCUUGGGACCCUUCCUCUGAAAUACAGGGAGUGGAGACUUACAGACCAGAGUGUCCCGGUCUGGUCUGUCCAUGGAAGAAGUUCUACUACAUCACUCUGCUGAGGGACCCGGUGUCUCGAUACCUCAGCGAGUGGCGACAUGUGCAACGUGGAGCCACGUGGAAAACCUCUCUCCACAUGUGUGAUGGACGGACCCCUACGCCUGAGGAGCUGCCCUCCUGCUACGAGGGAUCUGACUGGUCAGGCUGCACCCUGCAGCAGUUCAUGGACUGUCCCUACAACCUGGCCAACAACAGACAGGUUCGUAUGUUAGCAGACCUGAGCCUAGUUGGCUGCUACAACAUGUCCACUGUUCCAGAGAAGAAGAGAGCCCAGCUCCUCCUGGAGUCGGCCAAGAAGAACCUGAGAGACAUGGCCUUCUUUGGUCUGACAGAGUACCAGAGGAAAACCCAGUUCCUGUUUGAACGGACCUUCAGGUUACGCUUCAUCAGGCCUUUCAUGCAGUACAACAGCACCCGAGCUGCAGGGGUGGACCUGGAUAAUGCUACGGUCCAACGCAUCGAGGAGCUGAACGAGCUUGACAUGGAGCUCUACGACUACGCCCGGGACCUGUUCCAGCAGCGCUACCAGUACACACGUCAGCAGGAGAGGCGGCAGCAGCGCAUCAAGAACCACCUGCAGCAGACCCACCAGGGGCUGGGCCUGGGCGUCAACCUGUGGCCUUCACACGGCCGGCAGAGCGCCGUGUCCACACUGGAGGACGGGGAGGGAGAGAGGAUGGAGAGGGAGGAGCGGGAGGAGGGUGAGGAGGGAGGCAGAACGGAGGAGGCGGGCAGCAGACUCCCCACCGAGGACUACAUGAACCAGAUCAUCAACCGCUGGUAGCAGCAGAACGAGAGCAAACACACAGACAUGCAUAUGUAAUGUGAAACACACACAUACACACACAUUCAGAGAGUGAGGCCUGCAUCAAAGACCCAAAUGACUGACAGCAGACUGAGUAUUGGGCCGCAGGAAUGAGAGUCCAAGUGGUUGCUAUGGAGACCUGGGCAUGGUCGAUUGCAUCAGCUAACAUAAUUGGGGUUUGCCCAGUUGUUAUUAGCACCCGCUUGCCCUUCCCUCCCACCUCUCUGAGUUUCUCUCCGAUCAUCUUCACGGACUGAGCAGAGAGAGAUUUCGAAGAGUUUCUGAAAACAGAGUAUCCCUUCCUGUCUCACCUGCCUCUCCUUCUCCCUCCUCCUCCUACUCCUCCUGUAUUCCUUUUGUUCUCUGUGGCCUAGUAUGGAGCAUGAGAAAAUAAAAUUAAGUCUGUGAAUUCCCACUAAUCUUGGCUAGAGGACCAGUCUGAAUCCUGGAUGCUCCAAUUUCAAAGGAACUGGGAAAGCUAUAAAAGUGUGCUAACGGCUGAGCUGAACAAAGAGUAGAAGAAAACGAGAGACUGAACCUGAAUGAAAGAAACAAUUCAAGAAGAGUUGGACUGAGUUGUGUAAUAAAGCUUUCUGCUUAAAAAAAAUCAGCCAUUUCACCCAUUGGCACGCUUUUGUCAUGAAGAAGUGACAGUGUCAUUCUCAUUUUAUGAUUUCAUUUGUAUUUUCCUUUUGUGUUUUUGCUUUUUUUAAAGCAGAAUUGUAAUAACACUGAGACCAAUAUUGCUGCCUAAAAGAAAAUGAUUCCUUUAAUUUCUUUAUUUUUGUUUGUUUGUUUUUUAAGUCAAAGCUGAUGGACGGGAUUGACGUACAAUGGACCAUAGCCAUUACUGAAGCCUUGCAUCUUGAAAGGGUGAUAAAAGUAACCUUUUCUUCUGUGAAAGGUUCCCAAAGCUCCUGUCGCUCAUUAUUUCUCCUUCUCCCUCCUUUUCUUUCUUUGCAUCUCGGUCCUGCAGACAAUAACAGCCAAUUAGAGAGCAGCAGCAUCACAUAGGUGUGAAGAAAUCAAAGGCAAGGAGAGGAGUGUGUUGGCUGCAGGUUGUUGUCUGGAGCCUUGCAGUGUGUGUGUGAGUGAUUGAGCGGCGGGCGCUUUGGAAGCCUCAACUCAGAGAAAUGCUCGUAGGGAGUCAUUGGGAACUACUGGUCACCAUGGCAGUGCGGAUCCUUCAUGCAGCGGGAGUUAUUUUCACUUCCCUUGGUUUUUCGUUGUUGUUUUUUUUUGACUGAGAACAGCGUUGUAAAAGCGUCAGUCUCUAACAAGCCUCCUGCUAAAAAAGUGUCCACACUGCCGCGGUGACCUGUGGUUCUUUUAUGCGAGCAGUUUUACCCUGAAGACCGCACAGGGUGAGGUAGCAGUGCCUCUAUGUACUGGGAUCAUAGCUAACAUUAUUAUUGCCAGAUAUUACAUUAUACUCCAGUGAUUUCUCUGACUACUCGUGUGCGUGUGAGUGAAUGAGUGAGUGUGUAAAUAGUAUGUACAGUAUGCCUUUGAUUGGCAUAUGUGUAUGCCUUUGUAAAUAGUGCGCCUGAUUUGAGAGAGAGAGGGAGAGAGAGAGAAUUUUGUGAGUGACUGAUUCCAUGACCGAUCAUUUUUCGCCAUUUUCUUUGGUGGAGGAGGGCGGGGCAACUAAGUCCCCUCCCAAAGCAUGUCACAGCAGUGUGACCAUCACAGUGAUGCAAGCUAAUAAUACUCCCCCUCUGCAAUUUCCUUUACCUUUUUCUCUUCCUCUUUCUUGUCUCCUCCCCUUGAGCUCCUUCUCUGAAGGUGAGGACUGUGUAACAAUACUUAUCUAAAAUUCUAAUCAAUACUUUUGACACAUCUGCUGGUGGCACGUCUGUACUCUGAAGUAGGGGUUGCGCCAAAUCCUUGUCAGGAAUCAGGAAUUUCAUGCAUUUUGAUACCACAGGUUGCAGAAUUUUUUAUAACACUGGCAAAAUAUAACAGCUUAGUAAGGCUUAAAACUCGCAAGUUUUUCAUCAAGCAACAACCUCCUAUGUUGAAAAAUAAAGCCAAUGUGGAAGUGCUAAAAAUUGCAGUUCCUCAAGUGACCACUUGAGGCUGGCUCUAAAACCCAGGAAUCCCCAUUGACGCCCAUGUUGACAUGCCCAUUUGUACAGCAAGUUCAGACAUGUUUACAGCCUGGCUCUAAUAACACGUUUGGUCUCAGUAGCUAGUUUCUUUAUUCACACACAUUGCACAUGGAGGGAAAUUUGUAUAACUCGUCAGUUUUUAUGAUAUUAAGACGAAGAGUUAUUAAUGAGUUUGCAUUAUUUAGGACGUGGUGAGUUGACUGACUGGCAGGGGCUAUGUAUCUCUUUGCCAGGAGGCUUCAGGCCCACCUCAUCCCCACCUCUCUGUCUGUUUAUAGGUUGACCAAAAGUUAGGAUGAGUAAGCAUUUCCAAUAUGGCGACUGCCAUCUUUCAGCUUCAAAACACCUCUUCAUAAAGUGGUGACAUCUCUGAGGCCAGGUCUGUGUUUUAAACAUUUUGGAAAACAAAAGCUCUUGUAGCCUCUGCUGUUUAAAAUGACAAGCAUCAUGCCUUCCAGUCAUUACAUAGCUGUACGAGACUCUGGAUUUGGUCAGACCGUGUUUCCUAUACAAACUUGAGAGGAAAAUUGAAACAUAAUUUUUUUCACAAGUUACCCUGCUGCAGCUUGUAUCUUCAAAGGGAGUGUUUGUGACCUUUCAGGGGUCAGCCGCCUGGCCAGAGAAGAUAAACAUUCACCCCGGGCAGGUUCUCCAUUUAAAUCCAGUACCUCUAUAGAUCGUGAUGUCACCCUGAAUAACCCGAGCUGUACAUUACAGCACAGAGGAGGUCUGUGGAAAUAGUGAAUCAGAAUGAAAACAUCUUUGGGAGCAACCUUCUCGUGGAAAACAUGUUUCGACAUUUCCCUCAAGGAUUACGUAAAGAACAUUUGGUGAAUGAAUAACUAAAUAACAUGCAGAGUUCUGAGGUCUUAGAUGUUGCAAUGUCACUGACAGAUUAUAUCAGCUGUGUCCAAUUAUUGUCGAUUCUGUUACGGUUAAAGUCAAACUUUGACAGUGUCUCUACAAGGCCAAAGAUGGAUCGUUAUGGAACAGAAAUAUACCUCUCAUACUGCAGUAGAUUUUAAGAUGACUAGUGUUAGAGUUCUGUAUCAGGACUUCCAGCAUUCAAAGUUAGCAGAUAGAUAUGCUGCACUUGUUUCUUCAGUGAGCCAGAUACUUUAAAUCAUUUCCAGGUGCAGGAUGUAAGCAUUAAGAACAAGUGUUCUUCCUCAUUUUUGAAUUUUAGCUCGUUAUAACUAUAAAGACAAAGAGAUAAGAGAUCAAAAAAGAACAUGUGCCAUAAAAUGUGAUGAAAACCCAUCCUUUCAUGCAAAGAUAAUAAAAAGUAGGACAGGGAAAUAGACGUGUUACAGCAAGAUGUAAUCAAACCAAAUGCGGUCCAAGUUUGAAGUCAUCCAGGAGGCAGUGGGAGGAUGCACACAUGCUUCCUUGGUGUAAAAAAAUCUGUUUUAUGUUGAGUAUUGAUUUCUAUUAUAACCAGAAGGAAGGUGGAACAAAUAAUUAUCCCGCCCACCAGCCUCCUUGAUAAAUUUCCUCUUAAUCACCUGCAUCCUCCCAUGUCUCUCUUUUUGAUCGACUCCUUUCAAAUCGGGGAUGAUUCAUGAAGGGGAAGGAGGGGAGAACAAGGAGGGGAUGAUGAAAGGUAUUGGGAUGCAUCCAGAGUCAAUAUGCUGCUUUUUGUGUAGCCUUCAAAGUAACGCAAAUGGAUACAGGAAGAGUGAUCUCCCUUUUUUUUAUUUUUUGCUUUGUAUUAACUUCCCCUUCAUUGUUCUAAUGAAACUGGAGGCUUGAAAACACUGCAGCUUCCAGGCGUUUUGCCCACAACCCCCUUUUUUUUUUUUUUUUUUUUUAAAGUCAGAGCAUGUUUGGGCUCCAAACCAAUACCUGGUUUAAUACAAAACUGAUUCUCUACCUUUGGGAGUGUUUUUCUAUCUUCAGUGUUCCAGUUUAAAGCGACCAUCAGUCCUUAAACAUACUCCUGUGUGUGCUGAGAUGAUUCCAGGAAAUAAUGCUGUAAAGCUAUACUCAAAUAUUUUAUGUCUCAUCACUAUGUGUAUCUGAUGUCUUAACAGCGUUUCCUUUGUGACAAUGAAGCAGCCCAUGUGUCGCUAACAUCAUCCUGUUUUGUUGUUUUUUUAAAAGACGUGUUAAAAAGAGUGCGAUAGAGACUAUUUUUUUGUUUGUUUUUGGGGGGGCGGGGGGGUUGGUGUGCUGUCUGUCUCUGGCUCCUCCUGUAUGCAUCAUUCUGGGUUUGUUUCUUAUGAUUGCAAAAAUGAAUCAUCAAGCCACCAAUUAAAAUAUUUCAUUUUUACAGA